GCGCACUUUCCUCUGCUCGUGCUCAUCUCACGCGAGCCAGCUCAGGGGCGCGUGCCACAAUAUCCGAAGCGGAGGGGACAGCUCCCAGGUGCUGAAAUUGGUCGGCGCUCCAGAGAGAAAGAGAGACACGGGGGGAAGAAAAUCAACGGCUGCAUUACACUCACAAUCAAAAAACAACCGUGUUCUGCAAAACAGGGGCAGAUACAGAUAGAGCCGAGGCCUUCAAAACAGAUGGCUGCCACUCAGGAUGUCAAAGGGAAGGGAGAGGGAGGGGACCAAAACUUUGACUACAUGUUCAAGCUGCUGAUCAUCGGCAACAGCAGCGUGGGCAAAACGUCUUUCCUGUUCCGCUACGCUGACGACGCCUUCACUUCGGCCUUCGUCAGCACAGUGGGCAUUGACUUCAAAGUAAAGACGGUCUACAAGAAUGACAAGAGGAUCAAACUGCAGAUCUGGGACACAGCCGGCCAGGAGCGCUACAGGACCAUCACCACUGCCUACUACCGCGGGGCCAUGGGCUUCAUCCUAAUGUACGACAUCACCAACGAGGAGUCCUUCGGCGCUGUGCAGGACUGGUCAACUCAGAUAAAAACCUACUCGUGGGAUAAUGCACAGGUGGUGCUGGCUGGAAAUAAGUGUGAUAUGGAAGAAGAGAGAGUGGUCUCAGUGGACAACGGCAGACUGCUGGCAGAACAGCUGGGUUUCGAAUUCUUUGAGACCAGCGCCAAGGACAACGUCAACGUGAAGCAGACCUUUGAACGUCUCGUCGACCUCAUUUGCGACAAGAUGUCCGAGAGCUUGGACUCGGAUCCGGCCGUCACCACAGGAGCUCCCACUGCCAAACUCACAGACAGCGCUCCGCCCCUCCAGCAGCCUGGAUGCAACUGUUAGUGACUGAUGUCAGGAAGCAAAAAGGGGGAGGGCAGCGCGGGUCCUGUAAGGUGGUAGAGUGUGCAGAGUUGUAUUCUCCCUUAUCACUCCUGCUAGUGCUGCUUUCUCUGGACUACAGUUCAAACCCUGUUUAGUGGUAGAAUUACAAAAUGCCGUCGUACUAUCUCUCAACUUUAUCACCUUAUAUCAAGAGCAAAUAACCAGACAAACACACAUGGCUAUUGUAAACUGUUUGACAUUACAGGAUAUCCAAAACGUAGAGACACCAUAUUCUCAUUCCUCAGCUAGUUAGUAUGGUCAUAAACCAAGCCUGUUGGAUAAGGCUGGAAAUAGUCCAUAGACAUGAUGUACAGUUAGUCCUUAAGACCUUUAAAAAUCUUUAAGACCUAGAAUAAUUAUAAAAUGAGAGAUAGAGUAAGUGAGUGCUUUGACUUUUAUUUUUUGUACAGUAUGAAUUUUCCUUUUAUAGGAUUAUUUUGUCUCCUAAAGCUGCCAAAUCUAUGAUUUAGUGCACUAAAGGAUGUAGCGGCUUUCAUUCGUGUAGUGAGUGUGUGGCUGUUGUGUGACUGUACAGUAAGUGUGUGUGUGGGUUUGCACGAGUGUGAGUAUUAUGUGACAAAUGAGUGAAACUCUGUCAUCGAAAAAAGGUCGUCUACCUUGGAUAAAAAAAAAAAGUGGCCUUUUAGCAUCUCCAACACGGCCUCCGUACGUUCCCCUGUCUUGCUUUACUUUUGGAAUGAAUCCAGUAUGUGUAAUGUUGAUGUGAGUACUAUUCUACGUUUUGCUGUCUGUAGAUGUGUGAUUUCUCUGAUAAGUAUAUCUGUAAUUCUUAAAAGCAACUACUUCUAUAUGCUUAGCCUCUAAGUUGACCCUUUAUAGUUUAAUGCGAUGAGCAUGCUGCCAAAAAGUCAAUCAUAUGUGCUGUUUUAUCUAAAGAUAGAACCUAAACAUCCUCAACUCCACAUGAUAGCAACGAUCCAGCAUUUCAUUCAAUACACACACUGACAUGGCACAGUACAGUGUGUGAUAUAUAACAAGUGAUCAGCUCUGGCAUGGAAUAAACAGCCAUAUAAAAAAAAAAAAAAAAAAAAAGUUUCAUUCAGCAUGCUAAAAUUUCAUGUUUGUGCUAUAAAAUAAUUCCCUCCUGAAAGAAAAACAUUAUAGAUAGUAGUGGUCUUAAUGAUAACUCAAGCCCAUAUGAUAUGAAAGUUGGAGCCCCUUUUAAAAUCCAGAAAGCCUUUCAGUUCUGCAAAAACGUUUGUGCCAAAACAAUACAAUUCCUUUUGCAUCGUGAGUUGUUUGUUGCAUAGUUGAAUAAAAAAAAAAAUAAAUAUUGCAUGAAGCCAGUCCUGACGUAGAUUUAUAUAAUAAGAUAGUGUAUAUAUAUAUCACUCUGUGUUACAGAUUUAGAAGCAUUGUCAUAGCACUUGCUGUGAGAUGCAAUGGGCCAAUAAGUGCAAUAUUUUGUGAAUGAAACCCUGUACAUAGUUUCUCCUGUCCUCGAGUACUAUGACUCUAUCUGCAGUAUGUGAGAGACAGUUUGGUCAGAAUGGCUGUGAAACUGAUGUACAAUCUCUGAAAAAAAGCGAGUGUGUGUGUGUGCGUGCGCGCGUGUGUGUACCUGCCAUGUUGAACAGACAAAUGACGUAAUAUAGUGUAUUGUUUGCGUAUACCUUUUGUACAAAUGUAUUCACGUACUAUAUGCUGUUCCUGCUAACUGUUGGGUGUUGAUUGAUCUCGUAUUAUCAUGUCAAAAUGCAGUGUUAUUGUGAACGAUAGUCAGGGAGGUUACUUAGUCCAUGCCAUACUGUUGUAAAUCCAAGAAAAGGGAUAGACCCUGCGCAUACGUGUGUACACGUUCUUUGUGCGUGUGCACCCGUUGUAUGUGUGUGAUAUUAUGAUUUUAUGCUAGUAGCCAUGAAAUAAAUUAUUGUAUUGAUCUCCAGUCAAGAUUCAUUUGAUAGAGGAAUAGCUAUGUGGCCGUGGCCUGACAGUCACUCUGGUCAAAUGUCAUUGUAGAACAGUAUGACUUUACAUAUUACUGAAUAUAUUUGUUUCUCAAGAGUGCAAGCAAAGUAAGAAGUAUGUUUUUGAGAUUAUAGGAAAUAAAUCAAAUUCUAUCA